UUAUACACACUUUUUGUAAGUGACUGUGGUGUGGGUAACAGCAGAAGAAUGCUCCGUUCAACUCCAAUUCCGGCACCGUACAAUUCGGUGCCAGUUCUCUCUCGCGCCCGCACGUGUCACUCUCUAGCACCUGCACGUGCCGUUCAUUCCCAUUCCUCUUUCGUUUCGCGGCUCGUGUUCCCACAAUUCCGGCAAUACAUCGUAAAUGUUCCCGGCCGAGUGUUUGUCGCGGCAGCCGCAAAGAAGCAACGGCGCGGCGGCGCUGAACUCGCUGUAACGGACGACGGUUUCGACGAUGACGAGGAGUACGACGACGACGAUUUUUAUGAUGAGUACGAUGAUGAUGAUGAUGAUGAAGAAGAAGAGUUUGAUGAUGAUGAAGAUGAUGAGGGGAUGCUUUCAUUGGAGAAGAUGAAUAAAUGGUUUGAGAAGAAGCCGAGGGGUUUUGGCGAAGGGAAAGUUUACGACACUUCGGUUGAGGAUAAGCUGCUCGAGGAAAUGCGCCAGAGUAGAAUAGCGCAGGCUGAGAACUUGAAGAAGCUUAUGAGCAACCCAGUAAAACAUGCUUCCAAUGAAAGUGUUCAAAAGAAGAAAGAUGCAGAACUUGUUCCAAUUGGAGGUCGAGUGUGCUUGGUGAACCUACCAAAGAAAAAGAACAUCCAUAAAGAUCUGAAAUCAGCUUUGCAAGGGAUUCCUGGCAUAAUUAAUAUAGUCCCAGCUGUUACUGGAAACAAGAAGACGAGGGACCCAAUCUGCAAGGGUUUUGCAUAUGUUGAUUUCAAGCGUGAAGAAGAUGCAGUUAGGUUCGUAGAGUUAUACACUGGACAAACUAUUACUUUUGGUAAAAUUCAGAAGCAGAUAAAAUGUGAGCUUCUAAAUGUACAGUCUUCAUCUUCUCUGAAAUUAAGCAAAAACCUUAGUGCUGCUCCGCAACUUGUGGCCGCUGCCUUUGAAGAAGAUUCAAAUGAGGAUUCUAACUUGGAUGGUUCUGCCCGUAGUUCCUGGGAUGAGACCAAUUCUUCAGAUGAUUUGGAUGACCUGGACUAUCAGAUGAAUGGAGAAGAACAGGAAGAUGAUGAGGAUAAUCAAGAGUCUGUCACUGCUUUGGGGGUAGAUCAUGAUGAUAAUGUGGAAAUGAGGAUCGAUCCUGAAAAUAUUUCACUUCCCUCAGAGCAGGUUGACAGAAACCCCGCAGCUGUGCAGAAGUCGUCUGCCAAGGUUAAACAGGAGAAUGCCCGUAAGAAAAAACCAAUUUCCAAAGAGAAAACCAAAAAAGUUUUAGAUGUUCCUGGAUCCUCAAGAAGGUUAAAGAUCAGGGAGAAAGCUGUAUUAAGUGAGGUUUUCUCCAAGUACGGAUUAAAAGCUACACUUGCUUCAAAAGAUAAUUAGUAAAUUGCUAAUAGCUUGCCAGUGCAAAUCAUCACCCAGCACGUAGGUUCUACAAUCUAAAAUGUCAUAGUACAUGCAAUGGGACCUUGUAAUUGCCCAUUGAUGUCAGUUUUUGAUUUAGUGAGCAAUCAAAUUGUAGCAUAGUAUUGCCAAAAAAUUGAUUAUCCUAUAUUAUUAUUUUUAUGAAUAUCAAAGCAUUCUUUGUUGGCAUCUCAAUGCAUUGGUGGAAAUUGAGAGGUUU